AGAUUCAGCCACGGGGGACGAGCCGCAGUGCGGUGAGUGCUGGGGGACGGGGACACAGCUAUGGGCUGCCCAUGCCCACCAGCCCCAGGAGGGAGGGGGUCUGAAGACCCUCCUGGAGCUCUGCCCCAGCCACAGGGAAGAGUGGGAGGGGAGACCCCGGGGCACUCUGCACGCUGGCAGGGAGACCUGAGCAGGGUGUGGGGCAGAGCCCUCCUUGGGGUGCUCUGUGCCUUCGGGGCUCUCGGGGAGCCUUCUUGUGGCUGCAAUCUGUGUGGGCUUGAGGAUGCAGGGCUGGAACCCUGUCACUGUGGCUCCGCACCCCAGCCCGGAGGCCAUGCCUCCAUCCCAUCUUUGUACACCCAGCUGGGGCAGCUCCCAGCACCAGGGCAGGAUCAGGAUCAGCUCUGGGAUGCAGCUGGGGCUGGGUUAGGUGCUGGGGGGCUGCUUUCGGGGCUCGGACCUCAGUGAUGCCUUCCUGCAUGGCUGAUGCUAGACAAGGGACGGGUGGCUUGGCAGAACUGGGUAGGCUGCGGGGGCCAUCCCAAUGUGAGUGGGGCACAUGGGGCACCUGGUUCAUUGGGCUGGGCCAUGGUCUGCUCAGCCCAGAUACUGCCUCCCCUGGUGGGGCCACUUCGGGUGCGGGCUGGUUUCUGUCAGGAACCGGCUGAGCCGGCUCCUCUGGCUGCCAGGCUCGGCCUUUAGCUCGGGGCAGGGCCCCCAGGGAGGCUGAGGGCAGAAUGGGGGCUUGGUGUCCCCACAGGCAAUUCCCGGAGAGAGGGAGCUGCCUGUUGUCCCACUGUCUCUUCAGCCCCACAAGGGCAGAAAGCCGUAGGGUGCAAGUGUGAGGUCAGUUCACCAUGUCCUAGUGAUGGGUAAGGGGCACAGUCUGGGGUCCACUGAAGCUGUAGUUCCCUGUGGGCGGGUGCUGGGGCUGGUUUCGGUGGCCGGUGACGCUGGGUGUUGCAGGCCAGCCUCCUGGACUCUGCCCUGUGCUCUCCGCCUGGGUUAUUCCCAGGCCCAGGUGAAUGAUUACACCACACUGCUGGCUACUCUGCUGCAUUUUGGGGCUCCUUUGGUGUGUCUGGAGCUGCAUGCUUGCCCUGAGCUCCGCCCCCUGUGGGGUUGUGUCCCCACUGACUGUGGCCCCAGAGACAGGCGUUUCCCGUGGACAUCAGCAUACAUUUUGGAUGCCCCUGGACCCACUGGUGCUGUGCUGCAGUUUUCACAUGGGGCUGUGCGGUUUCCAGCCCCAGUUGUCGGUGUGAGUGGGCUCAUUGGGGCUCAGAGGUGGUGAGCUGCACUGGGGCCCAGAACAACCAUUUGGCCCCCAGCAGCACCAUUCUGCAGCCCCCACGUAGGAGCGGGACCUGUGGGUGGCACAGCACAGGUGCAUGGGUAGCAAGACCAGAGCUGGGGGCUGCUGCUAUGGCAGAUGGCAUGGACAAUGGACACUGGGAGCCCUGAGAGGUCUGCUAUGGCAGAACCAUUGACUAAUGGGAGCCCUGGGAGAUCUGCUAUGGAAAAACCAUUGACAAGUGGGAAUCCUGGCCCUGGAUCUGCAUAGAUCUGCUAUGGCAGAACCAGUGGCCAGUGGGAAUCUUUGUAGAUCUGUUGUGGGCAGAACCCGUGGCCAAUGGGAGCCCUGACAAGUCUGUUGAGGGAGAGGCAGUGGCCAAUUUGAGCCCCGGGAGAUCUGCUAUGGCAGACCCAUUGGCCAGUGGGAAUCUUUGCAGAUCUGUUAUGGCAGAACCAGUGGGUAAUGGGAUCCCAGAGACAUCCGUUGAGGGAGAGGCAGUGUCCAUUCAGAGCCCUGAGCGCUUUGUUAUGGCAGACCCAUUAACCUUGUGCCGUGCAGUGCUGUGCCAUGUACAGCCAGGGCUGUACUACGCUGUGCCGUGCCAACAGGGAGCGCAGAUUCCCUGGCACCCGUGGUGCCUGCCUGCCCAGCCCCAUGUGGGCACGCCCCGAGGCCGGCAGGGUGCGGCGGGAGGCGGGCUGUGCCAAGCCGUGGCAUUCCGUGCGUGCCGUGUUGUGCCGAGCUGUGCUGUGGGUGCUGAGCUGUGCUGUGAGUGCUGAGCUGUGCUGCAGGUGCUGAGCUGUGCUGCAGGUGCUGAGCUGUGCUGCAGGGGCCCCGUGCCGCAGCAUGGCCGUGCGGUUCCAGCCCAAAGCAGGACAGAGGAAGGGGCUGGUGGCUGUAAAAAAGAGCCGGAGCCGAUCUGCGCCCCCGGCCCCUGGGCUGGAGCCAAGGCACUGCUCAGCCCCAGCGCUCGCCUUCCCUCACUUGCAUUGGCAGGUGGCUGCCAUGGAGGAGAUGCUGAUCUGGGAGCAGCACACGGUGACGCUGAGCAAGGACCCUCAUCGGGGCUUCGGGUUUGCCGUUUCGGGUGGCCGGGACCGUCCCAACAAGGUGACUGGGGACACGGCGGUCAUCGUCUCGGAUGUGGUGUCCAGGGGACCGGCGUUUGGCCAGCUUCAGAGGAGGGAUCAAAUCGUGAUGGUGAACGGCCUUUCCAUGGAGAAUGUCUCAUCUUCCUUCGCCAUCCAGACCCUUAAGACCUGCGGCAAGAUCGCCAACAUUACGCUGAAAAGACAAAAGAAAAUCCACCUCCCCGUGAGCAAGAGCAGCCCUGCAUCCCCUGCUGCGACCCGGCGCUACGACUCGGACGAGGACUAUGACCCUCAUGGUGUGGAUCCGGCCCUGCGCAGCGCCAGCCAGCACCGCUCCCGAGAUGACCUGGACCACAACCAGGGCUACGACGGCGACUCGUCCAGUGAGAGGAGCUCUGGUUACCACCGGGAUGACCGCCGCCACCACAAGGCGUCCCGCAGCCGGAGGCGAAGCCAGGACAGCAGCCACUGGAGGCAGAGCCCCGACAGCGGCUCGGAGCACAGGGGUUACAGCCGGCACCGCUCCACCAACGGCUUUGGCCACGCAGGGGACACCAACGGGCUGGCGCUGGUGUCGGGGUUCAAGCGGCUGCCACGCCGGGAUGUGCCCAUGAAACCCAUCACAUCAGUGCUGGUGAAGAAGAAGGAGGAUGAAGAGUACGGCCUGAAGCUGGGCAGCCAGCUCUUCAUCAAGCACAUAGUGGAGAGUGGGCUGGCGGCGAGGCGCAGCUCCUUGCAGGAGGGAGACCUCAUCCUGAAGAUCAACGGGGUGGCCAGCGAGGACAUGUCCCUGGCUGACACCCAGCGGCUCAUUGAGCAGACAGAGGGGAUCCUGACCCUGCUCGUCCUCCGGGACCACCGGCAGUUCCUGAUCAACAUCCCCAACAUGGAAGACUACCAGAGUGACAGCUCCCGGAUGGAGGAUAUCUCCGACAUUGACUCUGACCUGUCCCACCCACCAUCCCCUAAGACCUCCCCACGACUUCCAGCUGCUGCCAGGAUGAAUUCACCAGGAGAGAGGAGACGAUCAAGCAGGAAUGCUGCAACUGACACAAACAUGGACGAUGCUCUGAGCCGUGACAUGCUGGAGGCCGUGGAACAGGAUGGCCGCCACAGCCCCCGCAGCAGACCCAGUGCCCGAGCUGCCCCCAAGGACGGGUACAGUCCUGACUCCAGAGUUGUGCAGUUUGUGAAGGCCAGGAGCGUGGGGCUGCAGCUGGCUGGUGGGAACGACGUGGGCAUCUUCGUGUCGAGUGUGCAGGAGGGAAGCCCGGCUGACAGCCAGGGCAUCGAGGAAGGGGACCAGAUCCUGCAGGUGAACGACACCAGUUUCCAGAACCUGACCCGCGAGGAGGCGGUGCAGCACCUCAUGAAGCUCCCGCCGGGUGAGGACGUCACGCUGCGGAUCCAAAGCAAGCCGGACAUUUACAGAAAGAUGAUCUCAUCCAAUGUGGGUGAUUCCUUCUACAUCCGGACGCAUUUUGACUACGAGAAGGACACGCCGUCGGGGCUCAGCUUUGUCCGUGGGGACGUCUUCCAUGUGCUGGACACCAUGUACCGCGGCAGGCUGGGGAGCUGGCUGGCUGUGCGCAUGGGCAGGGACCUGCAGGAGCAGGAGAAGGGCAUCAUCCCCAACCAGAGCAGGGCCGAGCAGUUUGCCAGCCUGGAGUCUGUGCUGAAAGCCACGCCUGGCACCAACCCCUCAGGGGCACGGGCUGAGUUUUGGAAGCUGCGGGGCCUGCGGGGAGCCAAGAAGACGCUGCGGAAGAGCCGUGAGGACCUGUCUGCCCUCACAAAGCAGGGCCACUACCCCCCGUAUGAGAGGGUGGUUCUGAAGGAAGCCAGUUUCAAGCGGCCGGUGGUGAUCCUGGGCCCCAUCACAGACAUUGCCAUGCAGAAACUGAGCACGGAACAGCCCGAGCUCUUUGAGAUUGCACCGAGUGUUCCACGAGACGGGGCAUCGUCUAAGGUCAUCAAGCUGGAUACAGUGCGGCAGAUUGCUGAAAAGGACAAGCACGCACUGCUGGACAUCACACCGUCGGCGGUGGAGCGCCUCAACUACGUGCAGUACUACCCCAUGGUGGUGUUCUGUGAGCCCGAGAGCCGGCAGGGCAUCAAGGCCAUGCGCCAGUGGCUGGCACCCGACUCCAGGAAGAGCUCCCGGCGCCUCUACGCCCAGGCCAGCAAGAUGAAGAAGUACUGCAGCCACCUCUUCACUGCUACCAUCAGCCUCAGCGGCAGUGGCAAUGCGUGGUACGAGGAGAUCAAGGACAUCAUCAGGACGCAGCAGAGCCAGCCCAUCUGGACAGCAGCAGAGCAUGUGGACGUGGCGCUGGAGGACAGUUUGGACCUGCUGAACCCACCAAGCAGGGCAGCCUCGGGCUACCUGACCUGUGACAGUCACGCCAACAGCGACUAUGAUGACACGGAUGGUGAGGGGGGUGCCUACACCGACGGCGAGGCGGAGGACGCCUACAGCCAUCCUGCACUUUCCCGCUCCUCUGAGCCAGCGCAGACAUACCCCAGUGAUGGCGUGAGCGAGCAGGUGACAGAGCAGCAGCCGCAGGGACAGUGGGCACAGGAACACAUCAGGAAUUACGAGCACGAGGCCGUGAGGAAGAGAUUCACACGAGCCAGGGAUGACUCAGAUGAGGAUGAAGGCUACGAGUGGGGCCCGGCUACAGAUGUGUAGUGAGAUCAACGGCUGCACACGACCCCAGAGCAUCACUGUGCGUCUCUGCCCCACAGGGCCCCUCGGGCCAGUCCUGCCACAGCCCCAUGCCACCAGGGCCGGGUGACAGCCCUGGCAGUGCCACGCAACACCCCACAGCUGUGCGGGCUGUGCCUGCACCACCAAGUGCCUCCUUCCCCUGCUUCAUCCACUGCGUCUGAGGAUGAAAUAAAGGGGACGUUUUGAGUAGGA